CGCAGUUUCAGCUUCGAGCCAACGAACUGUCCUCCUAGCAGCCUUUUGAUUGCUUUUGACUUUGUUCAAGGCCACACCAACGGUAGUGGCGCAGCCCUCAACGACUCUUGUGGUACACACGAUUUAGCCUGCGGUUAUCUCCUCUGCCUUUGGGGCAAUCGUCAGCGAGAGCUUGGUUCGCCCCGGCGGCUCCCUAUCAGUGGAGUUGGCCUUAGUUACACGCCCGGAAAGCCAUGUCCGCCGUGACGCAGUCGAGCAGAGUACGAGAUCAAAACCUCGACCUUCUCUGCCGUCAUGGCAGAUCCUCACUCCUCUCAAUCCCAGCCCGUGGCCUAUCUCAACGAGAUUGAAAUGGACCACACGAGCGUAUCUCGCUCGUCAUCCCCACGCGGGUCAGAGCAAGGACGGAAUGCACGACCUUCUCGACACCAACGGUUCUCAGGACUUGGUGGCCAUACUCUCGGUUUGCUCUUGUUACUAUGCACCGUCUGUCUCUGGACCUUGUCCAACUUCCUCGGCAGUAGCAUCUUCGCCGACAACACCUACGCCAAACCUUUCUUCCUCACCUACCUCAAUACCUCCAUGUUCAUGCUCGCCUUGAUACCUAACUUGAUGCGAUCUGCCUACAAUCGACAUCAGAAGGGAAAUUUGUAUAGUACCAUUCGCAAGAAUCUCACCAAAAAUACCGCCUAUAGACAACUACCUACUUCAGACACGUCCGACCCCGAAAUUCCAGACUCUGAGCCCUUUAUCAAUAAAACAACCUCCCAUUCCAACGACAUCGUCGAGGUGGAUGAAAAGCAUAAACAUCUGGGUCUCAUACCCACCUCGCGAUUGGCGCUUCAAUUUUGUUUUCUAUGGUUCGGCGCCAAUUUUUUCGCCGUGGCUUGUCUUCAAUAUACCACGGUCGCUUCCACGACCAUUUUAACUUCAACAUCUAGUCUCUGGACCCUUAUCCUUGGAGCGUUCACAGGCACCGAGAUAUUCACCUGGCGCAAAUUAUGUGGGGUGGUACUUUCCUUGUUCGGCAUUAUUCUCAUAUCAACAAUUGAUCUCACUACAAAUGCCGACAGCAUGGACCCCGUAUCUGACCCAGACCGACUACUCAGAAUGCGAAGGUUAUUCCGACGCAUCGACGACCAAUUCCCAGACAAGCCAGCUUCUGAACUCGCCCUUGGAGAUGCCCUUGCUCUGACAUCCGCCAUCAUCUAUGGAAUCUAUACCAUCACCCUGAAGAAAUCCACAAUUAAAGCACUUCCUCGCCAACUCAACAUGACUUUAUUCUUCGGGCUCGUGGGCACCUUUAACAUCUUCCUUCUGUUCCCCUUAUUCCCUCUCCUACAUUUCACCGGCAUUGAAACGUUUCAAACCCCUCCCACCAGACAUGUCUGGAUGAUUCUUCUCGUCAACAGCAUUAGCAGUCUCCUCAGCGACAUUUGCUGGGCAUAUGCCAUGGUAUUGACCAGUCCAUUGGUCGUCACUGUGGGCUUGAGCUUGACUAUUCCAUUAAGUUUAGUGGGGGAAAUGGUUCUGCAAGGUCAUUAUGAAGGCUGGGUCUAUUGGAUCGGCGCGGGGAUUGUCGUGGGGAGUUUUGUCUUUGUGGAUCAUGAAGAAAGAGAAGAUGAAGAGGCUCUGGCUGCAACUACGCAAAGAGUAGCUCACAGAACCAACAGUUUUGGUUCGGAUGUGGAUGGCGGGCAUCAUUCACAAAACCGAGGACGAUCGGAUGAUGAUCUCGGUCGACAUGGCCACGUUGUACCGACACAUACGACUACGAACACGCAGCCGCAGAAGAACAAGAAUGUGGCGAAUGAUGACGAGCGCGACGAAGAGACGGAUUUAUUGGAUACUAGUGAUGGCGAGUAAUUGAAACAUCAUUGACCGCCCUAAGAAAAUAGAAAGAAAGGGGUUUGUUUGUCAGUCAUCUCAUUGGACCAAUGUUUAGCAUAUAGGAACAAGCAAACACUCUAAGUUAGACUAACAAUGUU